AUGGAAAAAAAAUCUCAGAUUCUGGUUUCAUCCACAGUCGAUACCGAGAGGGGUUCAUUUUUUGACGAAGUUAGCUCUUCGCAGCCUGGCAAAGGUCCUUCUUUGGAAGAAAGGAUAGGCCGUAGAAAGCUGAUGCCACGUCAGGUGUCUAUGAUCGGCAUUGGUGGUGCAAUUGGUACAGCUUUAUUCGUUUCUAUUGGUACAAAAAUCAUUCAGGGUGGGCCAGCGUCCUUACUUAUUGCCUUUUGUCUAUGGUCCGUUGUUUUCAUUGGUCUUGCACAGUCCAUGUGUGUCAUGGUCACCUACCUGCCUGUGACUGGUUCUUUCGUUCACUUCACAGAGCGUUUCGUCGAUCGCUCGUGCGGAUUUGCUAUCGGAUGGACUUAUUUCGUGUGUCAAGCGGCUAAUGUAUGUUUCGAAAUUACAGCUGUGUGUCUUGUCGUUGAGUACUGGACUGAUAAAAUACCCAAGGCCGCACUGAUUUCGAUACUGAUUGUGGUGUACGCUGCCCUCAACUUAUUCUCGGUGUUUUUCUUCGGUGAAGGUGAGUUUUAUCUUUCGAUAGGAAAAGUGGUGCUGGCAAUCGGCCUGAUCAUAUUCACCAUUGUGGUUAUGAGUGGAGGCAAUCCAGAACACAGGGUACUGGGCUUCAAGAACUGGAGUAACCCAGGUGCCUUUGCAGAAUAUCUCACUACAGGCUCAUCUGGUAAGUUCAAUGGCUUUAUGUCAUGUCUCAUAUUCGCUCUUUACGUUUUUUGGGGUGUCGACUAUUUGGGUAACGCGGCGAGUGAGGCUAUGAAUCCUCGUGAGGUUAUCCCACGUUCUUUCAGAAAGGUUUUCGGUAGAUUGAUUAUCUUUUACAUUGGUGGGGCCAUUUGUGUUGGGAUUCUAAUUCCAUAUAAUGACAGCGUUAUGAUAAAGGCCAUUCAAAAUGGAGCUGUCGGUGCUGGGGCUUCUCCUUAUGUAUCUGCCAUGACAUCUUUGGGAAUUAAAGUACUACCCCACAUUGUCAAUGUCCUUAUUUUGACGUCCAUUAUCUCCGCAGGAAAUUCUUCUCUUUACUCAGCCUCGCGUGUUCUGUAUCGUCUGGCACUUGAGGGCCAAGCUCCAAAGCUCUUCCGCAAGGUCACUAAACGUGGUGUUCCAAUUUACUGCUGUGCCGUCGUACUGCUAUUGUGUGGUCUUGCUUAUUUAUCUGUUUCAAACAACACGAACAAUGUUUUGACGUGGUUUUUGAAUGUUGAGACUGCCGCAAUGGCGAUAACCUACAUUUUUAUCUGCAUUUCCUAUUUGCAAUUUCGUCGGGGUUGCAUUGCCCAAGGGAUUGAUAUGAAAUCGUUACCUUAUUAUAGUCGCUGGUUGCCAUACCUCACUUGGCACUCUCUAUUUUGGCUCACAUUAAUGCUAUGGGUUAGUGGUUAUACUGUGUUUUUGAAGGACAAUUGGGAUUUCCAAAGUUUUGUAUUUUCCUAUUUUAUGAUUCCAUUUUUCAUCGUUUUCUUCGUUGCACACAAGCUGUAUAACAAGACGAAGUUCGUAACUCCUCAGAAUAUGGAUUUGGUCUCUGGUCUACAAGAACUUGCAGAAGAAGACGAGUACUGGGAAGCGAAUCCACCUAAACUCAACUGGUUUGACAAGGCAUUUGGAUUUCUAUUGUGA